AUGAGAUACAGAAGACCAAGAAAAAAUGUCUUCUUAGAAUCUUCUCAGACAACAACACCACAUGAUACAACAACACUCACCACAGAACCAUCAACAGCAGCAUCUACAACAGCUGAGACAACCACUCCAGAAGGUACAACAGACACUACAGAACCAUCAACAGUUGCAUCCACAACAGCUGAGCCAUCCACUACUGAAGGAAAAACAACAGCACACACCACAGAUCCGUUAAGAGCAACUUUCACAACAGCUGAGGCAACAACUACAGAAGGAACAACACUACCAGUUGUCACAGAAUCAACAACAGUAUCCACAAGAGCUGAAACAACCACUACAGAAGGCACAACACCACACACCACAGAACAAUUAACAGCAGCAUCCACAACAGCUAAGGCAACCUCUACAGAAGGAACAACAACACUUCCCACCACAAAUCAAACAACAGCAGAAUCUACAACAGCUGAGGCAACCACUACAACACCACACAGCUCAGAAUCUUCAACAGCAGCAGCAGCAGCAUCCACAACAGGGGCCACCGUUACCAUUCCAGAGCCGACCACAACAAUACCUUUGACAACUACAGUUGAAGAUCUUGGACCUGCGGUUGCACUUUAUGAAUUUGGAGUGAAUUCAGGAGAUUUAAGCAUAAAAGAAAAGAAUGCAGAGGUCACAUCUGCACUCUUGGAACCUAAAAUUGGAUUUCCAUUUGGAGCAACCAUGUACAAAUCUCUUUAUUUUACAGACAAUGGCCAAAUAAUAUUUCCAGCUUUCAAUAGUGAAAUUAGGAAAUAUACUAAUCCAUUUGCGGAAGGCUUCAAGACUUCCUCAAAGCCUGCUAUGUUAGCUGCAUUUUGGGAUGAUGCUGAUCUCAGCUCUGGAGGAAACAUCUAUUAUCAGGAAUACUCAACUAUAUCAAGAAGUAACUCUAUUGUAAAAGACAUAGAAUCAAAGAUUCAGACUAACCUGAAAGUGACCUACUCAGCCAAAUGGACUCUCAAGAUCACAUGGGAAAAUAUCCCUGCAUACCCAGCUGAAAUGUUUAAGGAUAAGACAAACACCUUCCAGGCUAUCAUCACCACAGAUGGCGUUGAGGCGUACGCCAUGAUGCUCUACAAAGAUAAAGGAAUGAACUGGGACACUGAUAGACUGACCACUACAGGUGUUCUGAUGGGUUACAACAGUGCGGAUGGUUUUUUCCUGAAUGAUCGCCAGAUGUCAAAAACACCAAAGGAUAAAUACCGACCUGACAGAUUUAUAGGAGCUAAUUCAAAUAUAAGGGGACUCUGGAUUUACAAGCUGACCAAAGGAACCUUUAAAGAAAACUUCAAAGUGAAGUGUCUAGAAUGGGUUGAACUAGAGCCAGAGGUAUCAACAUGGGCCUCAGAUAUGGCUGACUGUCCUUGCAGUUUGCAGCAAGGACGGCAAGAUGGAAGAUACCGUAGAACUGGGACAGAUGGGGAUUUUACAGUGUUGCGCAGUGUUUCCUCGGCCUCUAGACAAGGAGCCAGAUGCCUCUAUAACAAAAAAGGCUCAUUGUACAACGGCUGGAUUGAGAGGUUCCCAAAAAAGAUCACAGUAAGCAGUCAAGCUGAAGAUUUAGACAUUCUGCCCUAUACAUGGUGCUGUAAGGACAUAGAAGAUCCAAAAUUCUGUGACUACUACCAGACAAAGAGACCUCAGAGAGACUGCAGCUCCUAUAGAGCCCCAUCCUCAGGGCUGAUGAGUGGAGAUCCACACAUAGCAUCAUUUGAUGAUUUGCACUAUACCUUUAAUGGGCUGGGAGAUUUCAUCCUAGUUAAUGCUCAGGAUUCAGACAGCAGUUUCACUUUGCAGGCUCGCACGGUCAUCACUCCUAAUUCAAAAGCCACCAACUUCAAUGAUUUUGCAGCUCAGUAUAAAGAAAAUGGGACAACAAACACAGUUUUAUGGAUCCUAAAAGGAACAGACUCAAUUGAUGUUAUCGUAAACAACAAACUAAUAUCAGAAUUCACAACUGUUUUGGACUCUGGAGAGUUUUAUGAAGCAGAUGAAAUCCUGCUUGAGAGAAGCAGUGGAAAUACGGUCUCAGCUACAUUUAGCGGAAUCCUUUCAAUUAAAGUAACAGCGUCCUUUUCACUGAUGAAUGCUGUUAUUAACCUGCCUUCUAAAUAUAAAAACAAAACUGAAGGCCUUCUCGGAAAAUGGAAUGGUGACCAAAGUGAUGACCUUAAAAAGAGAAAUGGAGAUACCAUUCCACCUUCAAGUACAGAGUCUGAAAUAUACGCAUUUGGCUUAACUUGGGAUGCUGGCCAAGAAAGCCUAUUCCCAAGUACAAACAAAUCAAUCCAAAGCAGGACUGCUGAUACAAGUUUCAAACCUGUGUUCCUGGAAGAUCUUAAAUUGCUAGAUGGCUAUGCCAAAGUAGAAGCAGCAUGUGGCAAUGAUGUUAGUUGUAUUUUUGAUGGAAUGAGCACUGGCAAUUUGACCAUAGGAUUGGCCACAAAGCAAAUUUUAACUAGCUUUGUAGAGACUAAGAAAGCACUUGAGUCUUUUCCACCCAACAUCACAGGAAUGAAACAGUUUACAGCCAAUAUUGGAGAAACAGUUACAGAGACAUACACUGCAAAAACAAAUGAUGGGUCACAAGUUAAAUUCACCCCUAUUACAUUAGACGAUGUCAAUUUGACAGAAAGUGGGAUUCUCACCUGGAUUCCUACAAGUGUGAAGCCACUGACAGUAACAAUUGAAGCUGUUGGAGAAAAUAAUAUGACUGCUAUUUUGGAACCAAUGUUUGUUGUGUGUGACUGUGGGACCAAUGGUGAAUUUGUCUAUGGUGAUACCACUAGAGUCGGUGACUCUAUGCUAUAUGAAACAUCCUGCAAGUGCCAUGAUGGUUACACAGGAAAGAACUGUCGAACAAAACAAAGCAUUUGUGAAACUGUGAGCUGUUAUCCAGGAGUAGUUUGCAAUGAAACAACAGGCUGUACCAAGUGUCCCGCUGGCAAGGAGGGGAAUGGCAUUCAAUGCUCAGAUAUAAACCAUUGUUUAAGCAAUCCAUGCCCAUCCACUGCUUUGUGCACAAGCAUUAGGGACAACUUCACGUGUAACUGCAAGGAAGGAUAUAAAGGAGAUGGAAAGAACUGCACUGACAAUGAUGAAUGUAAGAACUCUCCCUGCACCCAAAAUGCUACGUGCACCAACACAGAGGGGUCUUACACAUGCACUUGCAAACCAGGAUAUUCAGGAGAUGGAAAAACAUCCUGUACUGAUGUUGAUGAGUGUAAGACCAGCUCACCUUGUUCACCGAACGCUAACUGCACCAAUGAAAUUGGGUCUUACAAGUGUGUCUGCAAGCAAGGAUUUAACGGAGAUGGAAAAACAUCCUGUACUGAUGUUGAUGAGUGUAAGACUAGCUCACCUUGUUCACCGAACGCUAACUGCACCAAUGAAAUUGGGUCUUACAAAUGUGUCUGCAAGCAAGGAUUUCAAGGAGAUGGAAAGAACUGCACUGACAAUGAUGAAUGUAAGAACUCUCCCUGCAUCCAAAAUGCUACGUGCACCAACACAGAGGGAUCUUACACAUGCACUUGCAAACCAGGGUAUACAGGAGAUGGGAAGAACUGCACUGAUAUUAAUGAGUGUACUACGCUGUCACUCUGCACUCAAAAUGCUGUGUGCUCCAACACAGAGGGAUCUUACACAUGCACUUGCAAUCCAGGGUAUACAGGAGAUGGAAAAACAUCCUGUACUGAUGUUGAUGAGUGUAAGACCAGCUCACCUUGUUCACCGAACGCUAACUGUACCAAUGUAAUUGGGUCUUACAAGUGUCUCUGCAAGCAAGGAUUUCAAGGAGAUGGACAAUUCUGCAGUGACAUUAACGAAUGUUUGAACUCGCCCUCAUGCUCUCCAUAUGCUGACUGUGCCAACUCUGUCGGAUCCUACAAAUGCACUUGCAAACAAGGUUAUACAGGCGAUGGCAAACUCUGUAACAAUAGUUGUGGCGAUUGCCCAGCUGACUUCUGUAACAAUGGAGGAUCUUGCACUCAAAUCCCAGCUGAUGGCUGUAAAGCCACCUGCACAUGCCCCAGUCCAUACACAGGGGAACAAUGUGGUGUAGCUGGGGCAACUUUUGAGCCAAAGCCUUUAGCAAGUGCACCAAAGAGAUCCCUCAAGUUAACUCUUAAAUUGAAGGGGGAUUAUAACCAACAGGCCAUUAGUGAUGUUAAGAGUCCAGAAUAUGUAUCUCUAGUAAAACAGAUUGAUACUAAGGUAGGUCAGCGGAUGUUGACCCUGACUGUGAAAACCUUUGCUAAAAAUCAAGAUAUCACCUUGAAACUUGUCAAUAAUCAGGUGACUGCUGAGUUCUUGUCCUUGUUUGAUUAUGGUGCCAGCAUUACAGACAUUGAUUUCCUAAAUAAUAAAUUACAAGAAGCCAUCAUUGAUGUUUUAAAUGUCAAAGUGCAGAGACGGAGAAGAGAAGAUACUGUGCAGUUUGAACCUGUGACUAAAGCUGAUAUCACAGAUGUUAACAGAGCAACUGCUGAAGAACUUUCACAGCAUAUGAACUGUGCUAGUAAAGGAAUCAAGGGUUAUUCAGCAGUGUUUGAUCCAAAAAUUGGCUUUCUGUGUGUCUCUCUAUGUUUAACAAAUGACUAUUGCAAGAAUGGAGGAACAUGCCAACAUUACGUUGAUGGACCCAUGUGCAAAUGUGUUCCAUUUAAAAUGUACACACCAUAUGGUGAAAAUUGUGAAUACCUGGCUAUGAAUCUUCGUGCAUUCUUUGGAAUUCUGUUUGGAACCCUGGCUUUCAUCUUCGUUGUGGUGGUAUUGCUGUCCCUGCUGUUUUAUUGCUAUUGCAGACAAAUGCGUUGUUCACCUAAUUUAAGUGAAAGCAAAGGACCUAAUUUCUACUGGGGUCAUGGACCUUUCCGUUCAUUGAAGAAAGAGGAUUCAUUGAAAUCUCCGGACAAUCAACCAAAACUUGUACUGUGGAAAUCUAAACCUUAAAGAUCUGAAAGAAAGCAAUCCAAAUUCCCAGAUCCCAUUCGUUAAGGAUGUACAGGAUCAAUACAACAAAAUGGAAGGAAAAGAAGAUGGUUCACUGAAACUGAGAAAUGAUGUUGAUCAGCGCUGACGUGCUGCUCUACAACCUUUGAAUACCAGCGUAACAUUGAAUCAUAAUCCCCUGUCAUAGUGCUGUACCUGUGCAUUCUUUUAGCCCUCGCCUUACGUUUUCUUCUGGCAGAAUUUCCUACAUUAUAUUAUAUUACAUUAUAUUAUACUAUAUUAUAUUAUAUUAUCUUCGGGUGCGUGUACAGUACCAAAUUAUAAUAGAUACAUUGUAAUGACAAAAUAUGACCCUGUUAGAUUAUUUGAGUAGUGUAUUCUGAUGGGAUAUUCAAAUGGCACUUUAAAGGUUUCAGAUGUGUUAAAUUAUGGUUUAUACUCCCUAUCCAGAUCAACGGAAAUAAUGUAUUUGUUUGAAUGUUUGCAAUAUCCAUAUUCUUUUAUUGUAUGAAGAAUAAUUUUAGAUUUUAGAUUUUUACAUUUAUUCAGGAUAUGCAAAUACUGUACUAUACGGGUAAACUACUGCUUUCUGGUACCUUUGCUGCAGGUCCCAUGGUCUGAGCUGCAACACAUUAACCUAUUGGGUACCAGGAACCUACAGUAACUUUUCAUCUUUUGCAUUGUCUGUGAUUUAUCUGCCAUAAUCCAGAUUGAAGCAAAGAACCAAACGACCAAAACCAUUUAGUUGUUUGGUACUUGGUUUCCUUUUUAUUUAUUGUAGAUUUUAUGGACCCUAUUCACAAAGAGAAAAAGUGCACUGUGGAGACUCAAGUGACCAAUUGAUAUGGAGCCCAGUGUCUUUUUAUAGUUGGUACACGACUGUGUUCUUUGAGUCUCUCAACGGGUGAAUACAAUAACUGCUGCAUAUUUAAUCUCUUAGAGAUGCCAUUCCUCUUACAUUGUAAUUUUCAUAUUGUAUUUAUAAUGUUAAAAAUGUUUUUGAUGGAAUAAAUUACUUUUGUGUUUUUAUGCUAACUGCUCUAGGCUGGUGUAUUCGUUCCAUACAAACAGGCUAUACAAUUGAAAUAGCUAGGUUCAAGUUUGUGAAUAGGGCCCUCUGCACUUUCUUUUCUAACAAACAAAUUUGAAGUAAGAGCCUUUUAUUUUUGUAUUUGUUCUUAUUCUAUAAACGUGUUUCAUAUUUUAAAACAAAAUCUAUUAUAGUAUAUAAAUCAUUAUUUUUUUCAUUGUAUGUAAACACAUGAAAUAAACUAUACAUUAUUAA